GAGAACCAAAACCACUGCUCUCGCUCACCAUCGUGAGUUCAGUUGAGAGAGCAAAGCUAACACUCAUCAAUGGCGUCUUCUCAAGAGCCGGACGACGAUUUCGGAGUCCGAGUCGAGAAGGUUUUCAGAUCACUCAAGCCGGUUCAUUCCUCUGACUCGACUUCGCUGUGGUCUGUUUCCGAUACUGAGGUCAAAAAGCGGGACCAAAACCGGGAGGGAAAGAAAGGGACGGAGAAAGACGAGGAAAACGACGUCGUUUUGGGUUCGGAGGAUCGGGAGGGUUUGGAGGCAGAGUCGGGGGACGGCCGGAGAGAGGCCGAUGGUGGCUUCGAAGAUCGCGGCGACGGCGGAGUUCGCGGUGGCGUGGAGAAUGCUGGCGCGGGUGAUGGGGAGGAGUGGGAGAUCAGAUCUUCGAUAGGAAUGGAUCGAACGCUGGACGACGAGGAGGAAGAAGAUCUGUUUGACAAAGUGGCAGUGGGCAGGGAAAAUGCUGGCGAUCGCAUCUACAUGAGAGAUGCUACUGACCAUGGGACUGGUUUAAACUCUCACAAUGUUCUUACCCAAUCACAUGAUGCCACCAAGGACCCACGAAUUGACCACUUUGCUGCACAGAUCGGGCUGAAAGAAGAUAAAGUGGAAGCUCAUAAUUUUAACUCUCCUCAGUCUUGUUGUAAAUCUGCUUUAGAUGUCAAGGAGCCUCAGCAUCAAGAAUCUGCACAUGGUGGUGUAAAAUCUAUCUUGAAAAGAAAAGGUGAUACAACCAUCCCCAAGUCCCAAAAACGUGUGAAGUUUGAUCUUAGCAGAAACGAUUAUAACGAAGCACCAACAAGAGCCAAAGAUUUUUUUUCAACAGAUGCCAGCUUGGUAGAGAUUGAAGUAUCAGAAGAUGACUCUCUGCUGACCAGAAAUACUCAGGGAGUUCCAGAUUAUGUACUCAACUCUUCAAAAUAUACACACUAUACUUUAGAUUCCUCAAGUGAUGUUAUUGAAGAUUCCAAAAGCCAGGCUUGCGUGGAGCUUCUUGAGCAGAUGAAGAGGUCAAAGGCCGAGGAACUGGGUUUGGAGCUGAAGGAUAAUUCAGUUGAUCUUCCCAAAUCCCUAACCUUCAUACCAAAGAAGAAGGUUUGUGAUGCCAAAGUAGCUGAUAGUAGCAGCCAAAAGAAAAAUCAGGAUGCUGGGUGCAAGGGAUCCUUGCACCAAACCGGCUUCCCCAUUGGCAUUGCAGCUGGGGAAGUCCAUCAAACCGAAGCUGGCAUAGAUGAAGAGCCAGACACAAUCCCUGCUGAUAAAAGCCCAGGUUUUAAGAAUCCAAGCCGCCACUACCGGAUGAAAACUACCUCUGAUGACUGAGUCCCUCAUAUGGUCUCAUGAAGUUCUGGAAAGGUAGCAAUACUGGUACAUGCUUUCUUUCAGGCUGGUACCAUUACAUUCUCCCAUUGAACUCUGUUAUGUCAUUUCAAUUAGUGACAUCAUAGCUUGACUACAGGCCUUUUUCAAUUUUCCCUUUUCCUUUCUCUUUUAGAUAAUGUGCAGAGUCCAGGCAUUACCAGAAUGCCAUGAUAGUGUAUAUGACUCUUAUUUAAGGAGAACCUUUUUUUUCUUCCAAAUAAUUUCAUCUUUUUUUCAGGUGUUUUUCCA